UUGACUCGACGCCAUUACACACAUUUCGAUAUAUAGUCGUCGUCGUGCAAGCGCAAAUUUUCUCAUGAAUUGUGCUCAUUUUCAGUGAUGUGGAGUGCUGAAAGUGCGUGAAAUUUGUGCAGAAGGACUUGCCAAUUGAUUUAGUGAUAUUUCGAGAAGCCACAGAGAUGUCUUCGUUGCAUUUUGUGGUCCAUCCUUUGCCAGGCACGGAAGAUCAGCUCAAUGAUAGAAUUCGUGAGGUGGCAGACAAAAUCAAUAAAUACGGAUCCCCAACUCCGGCUGCCCUUGCAUCCCUCAAAGUUCCCGUGAAGCAGGUUGUAAUUGGACCGUCGCAUCUGGGUUUGCUCCUUGAGGAUGGGAGGGCCUUCCGGGUGGCAUUUUCCGUCAUACCCGAACGCUUGGACUUGAGCAAGCAGGAACCGACAAAGAAAUUUUUAAGCAAUGGUGGCAGUAGCGGCAUCACCAACAACUCAUCGAGCGGCUCCAAGAGUUCACCCGGGACAUCGAGGCAGUUGGCCCGAUCACGGGCACGCAUCAUGCGUACCGCAUCCGUCAGGGGUGGCAGCGGCUCCCGCAGCACCGGUGUCAUCAUCGGCGGUGGAUCAUCCGGGCGCUCAAUGGUCACCGUACCACCGACCUUUGUACCCGAGGAACUCAUCUCUCAGGCACAAAUGGUGUUACAGGGAAAGAGUCGCAACGUCAUCAUCCGGGAAUUGCAGCGUACGAAUUUGGAUGUGAAUCUUGCUGUAAAUAAUUUACUAUCGCGUGACGAUGAGGAGGGUGAAGAUACGGAGGAAGGUGGUGAGAACUAUGUCCCUGAGGAUUUGAUAUCCCUCCUCGAUAAUGGAUUUCACACGGACAGCAGCAUAAUCAUCGAUGCGGAUGCGUCGUUUUCUGAAGAAAUCUUCGGUUAUUCGAGUAUACGCAACUUGUUAUACAGUCGUGUUCGCAACGAGAGGAAUCAGAGCAGCAGCAGCGGCCCCAAUGCCGAGGGUGGUGGUAGCUCUCGGUCGGGCAGUGCAGCCGGCGGGGCGAGCAGCAGUGCCGGCGGCGGGGGCGGCAGUGGCUCUGGCACGGGUGCUGCUGGAACAUCGGGCACUGGGGGAUCAAGUAGUGGUGUUGCGUCAGCUGAUCGUGAUUCAUUCAGUCGCUGGCGCGAUCGGCACUACUUUGGUCCAAGACGGUGGUUCCAUACGGCACGCGAAGAGUCAGCCUGGGAUAAGGAAGCUGAUAUUGCAGAAACAAAGAAGAAGGAAGUCGCCUCGGGAUUGCCGCUUUGGAUUUCAGAUGAAUUGGAAGCAUGGCCGGAGAAGGAUACAGCUCCCCGAUUCACACAGAUUUCCUGUCUUCAUUCGGAAUUUAUUGGGGUGACGGCCAAGGGGGAGCUUCAUCAGUGGAGAUGGGGAGAUCAGGAUCCCUACAGGAAUUUAGAGAAUCCAAAUAUCCAUCAUCCCAAGACAUUGAGUCUCAAUUUGAUCUUUGAGAAAGUCAUCCACAUCUCUGCCACGUCAAUUCGCUGCACAAUCGGGACAGAGAGUAAUCGCGUAGCAACGUGGAUGGAUGAAUUGCUAGGACAUGCUGGGAGUAAGCUAGAGCAUGGGCCUGUUGCUCUCCCUGAAUUAGCAAUGGAUAAAAUUGUCUCCCUGCACACGUGCACGCUGUACACAGUGGCACGAACGGACACUGGGAAUCUCUUCUGGUGGGGUGUCCUACCCUAUGGGCAGCGCAAGAGAUUGUGGGAUAAAUACAAGGCAAAGACAAAGAAACCCGUGCGGAAUAGCUCAAAUAUGCCAGAGGUAACUGUGGGGGCGCAGGUUUGCAUGAAGAACUCCCCAAUGUACAUGCCGGGAGCCAUUGGAUUCACCAUUUCCAAUGGAGUGCCAAAAGUGGGGCAACUGCUCAAUGCUGCGUGGGAAUUCGCCGAUACGUGCCGUUUUAAAUUGGUCGCUGUACCCCAGCAGCCGACCAAUUCGGGGAAUGCAACGGGAAUUCUCACGUCGAAUGAGUUGAAGGAUUUACCCAAGUCGAGUGGAAGUGGUGUGAAUCAGGCACAGAGCUCCAGCAGCAAUUCAUCGUCUAAAUCGGGAAAUAAUCCGAAGGAGACUGCCGAUCGUAUGGAUAUGCCACCACCACCGUCUCCGGCAUCGAGUACGUGCAGUGAUACAGGAAGCGUAACGUCGCACAAGAGGCAGAAGCGUAUGGCACCGAAGGAGGAUACGGACAACAAGAAGGAUGAGGAAUUGUGGACACUGCGUGAUGUGGUCUUUGUUGAGGACGUAAAGACCGUUCCCGUGGGCCGUGUUGUGAAAAUUGAUGGAGCAUAUGCGGCCAUUGAGUUGCCAAGUAGCAAUAGCACAGAGUCCAAGGAGGAAGGAGAUGUCUGGACAAAUUGUCGGCUAAUGAAGAAGGAGGAUUUGCAGGUGAUGAAGUCAACUAACACAUCAAGGGGACCCGAUUGCUUCCAGAAAAUUCCCCGAAGAAUUGUUUUGUCCACCCAGCAGCAGGGCAAUGGCUCGCAACUCCUUACCCUGGCUGUGGAUUCAAAGGGAAUACAUGCCAUCAUGAAGACAGGCACAAAGCUACAUUAUUCCCUAUUUAAUCUCAAUACAGGACGACAGGAGCAGGAUAGUGUCUUUCCGAGUGACAUUAAUUCCUUCCUUGGUAUUUCACCGCGUAAUGUCUCCUUGACGUGCGCCUCUGAGUGUUCGGAGAGUGUCUUGUUGCUACGCGAUGGCAACAGCACAAUCUAUCCCCUGGCGAAGGACUGCAUGGAUGCCAUACGGGAUCCACAGUGGUUGGACUUUCCGCCAAUAAAAUGCGUCACGGCGUCAUCGCUCACCCUCCCAUCGGUUGGGGUGAAUAUGAAAUCUCAAGUUGCGGUGAUUGUGAUGGUACCAGAUAGGCAGAUUCUUAUGCCACGAAUUCUCAGGUGCGACUUCAAGGGGGUCAAGUCGAUACUCACGCAGCUGGAGAAUGGCGAAUUGAAGGCUCAGGUGAGCAAUAUUCUCGCAGAGCGAUGCGACGGUAAUAGGAAUAUCAUUCAUGCUUGCGUCAGCAUGUGCUCUCCGUCAUCCAAUAAGGACAAUGAUCAGGACAUUUCAGCCAGUGGCUCAGGGCUGGAAUGCAUCAAUAUCAUUUCGAAUUCCUUUGCCGGCUGCCGUUCUGUUGGGCUGCGUGACAUAAUGCGCCGUACAACGCAUCGUGAUAUGGAUACAUCGACAAACAAUAGCGGAUUGCAAGCUGGCAGUGAGGAUAGCAAUUUUAUGCCUGUCACCUUCUGGCCACCGGAGUAUGAUCCGAAUUCCGGGGAUGAGGAUAGCCUCUCGGGAUUGAAUGCCACGUCCAAUCAAUCCAAGGGAGCCACGUAUAUUUCAGAUGCAAGUGAAAGGCGUGAAAAUGCAAUCCCCUCAUUGGCAUUAAUGUGCUCAAGUCCAGCCCUACAGCCACAUCUGAAACACCUACUCAGUGGAAAAGAUGCUCAGGGACAGACACCAUUUAUGCUGGCUGUCUCCACACGAGCCUACCAAGCGGGGAAGAUUCUUUUUGACAUGAUUAUGCAACUAUCCAAUGGUGAUGCAACGCUGAGGGAUUCAAUGAUCUUCCCAUCGGGCUCAAAUCCCGAUCAAUCUCCUCUGUACGUGCUUUGCUGCAACGAUACGUGCUCAUUCACAUGGACAGGAGCUGAUCAUAUCAAUCAGGAUAUCUUUGAGUGUCGCACAUGUGGACUCGUUGGGUCUCUCUGUUGUUGCACUGAAUGCGCCAAAGUCUGCCACAAAGGGCACGAUUGUAAGCUCAAACGUACCUCCCCGACUGCUUACUGCGACUGCUGGGAGAAGUGUAAAUGCAAAGCACUAAUUGCAGGGAAUCAGACAAAGCGCUUUGAGCUUCUUUGCAAGUUGGCCACAGAUACGGAUCUUGUGACACGUUUCAAUUCACGCGGGGAAUCAAUCCUGCUCUUCCUCAUUCAGACUGUUGGACGUCAAUUGGCUGAACAGAGUCAGUAUCGUUCGAGUUCACGUGUCCGUAAUCCAGCAUCGAGUAAUUCACGCAAAACCCCAUCAAUGGAUGUUGAUACGGAUAUGCCGGAACACAAUUUGGAGCCACCGAGAUUUGCAAAGAAAGCCGUGGAUCGCCUUCUGAUGGAUUGGGCUGCUGUCCGAGCGAUGAUUAUGACGGGGGUGGAGCAAAAGCAGGAAACUAACCCAAAUUCCACGGCACCAGCUGCUUCAUCACGUUCAGUCGGGCAGACAAUCUACGAUGAACCGGAAAAUCAAUCGCUCUAUCUUCAGUCACAGAGUGGGACGAAUCUUCUGGAUAAAUUCACGCACAGUCUCUUUGUUUGCUGCAAUCACGAGCCAUUAGAUACGCUGCUGAUGACACUUGUGCGUGAAUUGCAGAAUGAUCGCAUCCCGGGGCGCGUUGAGGAUGCCCAAAAGGUUGCCAGACGCUUCAUUCGGUCCGUUGUGAGGGUGUUUGUCAUCUUUAGCAUUGAACGUGUACCGGUGUCGGAUAAGCAGAAGAUACCGCAAUCACAGAAUCGCAAUAUAAUGACGUGCCGCAGGGUUUUCCAGUCGCUGAUUAAGAUUUCCAUUGAGGAAUUGUGCGAGACUGCGGAUGCCCUAAUUGCACCUGUUAGAUCAGGGGUUGUUCGCCCCACAGCUCCUUUCACAUUGUCGCCCAGCAGUACAGAUAGUUCUGACGAUGUGUUUUCGGUGGAACCACUUGCACCACCAACUGCACGACACAGCAGUGCAAUGUCAGCAUCAACAGCUGUUUCGCGGAUUGACAGUGAACAACAACCGGGCUACAUGUCUCGCAUUAAUGUCCGUUUGAGGGAUAUUGAUGAUCAAAAUGACGGAGAUGCCAUUGGGCAGGAUGAUGGAGAGAUUUCGGAGCAGGAUGAAGUAAUGGAGCGCGAUAGUCGUUCCAAUGUUCGUCCGAAUAAUGCAAAUAUGGAAGAAGAGGCACAAGAUGCUCUUGUGAGGAAUGAAGAGGCUGUUCAGGAGGGUGAGAGUGACAAUGAAUUUAAUUUUGCCGAAGCAGAGACGGAGAGUGAUUCAGAUGAUAACCAGAGUACUCAAGAUGCUCAAAGGAGUGUCCAGACGGGAGCCACAGCUGGAUCCGAUACAGGUUUCUUUUCACGCAUCAUCAUUCAUGACGAUCCAGAUGAUUCUGGGGAAUCGAGUCAACCAGAUGACGAUGGCUCUGAGGAUGGAGAGACAGAUGAACACUCUCAGGAGGACUUUACGUACACAUUGGGCGAAGAGCAGCUGGAACGUCGAACAACAUCAUCGGGGAAUCAGAGGAAUAAUCUUGCGCCACAGAGUAUGCAAUGGGCAAUAAGGAAUCGAGAUUCAAAUCGUUCCUCGGGCGUACGAUUGGCAGCUGGUGGAUCCAAUCUUGUCUUUAUUGAUCCAACAGCUCUGAGGAGAUCCACAGCAGCGAGUGCAACGCAAGAUCCGCAUCCGGGUGGGACAACAGCCAGUUGCUUGGCACGAGCAUUUGGAAGUGUUGUCCGGCAAAUUUCAGAACUACUAAAUACCCCACCGGAUUGCAUUCAGCAAACACCACCAAUGCAGCAAGUGUUGAAUUUCACGUAUCAAGACACGAUGAAGUUGCAAAAGUACAUUGAGACACGACUCAAGUCCACGUGGGAUUGGAUACUCACCGUAAUGGAUGCCACGGAGGCACAAUUGAAGUUUGGGGCAUCAUUGACAAAUUCAGCUGAUCCCUCGCAUCCGCUGCAUCCCCUACAUCCACCCCAUCAUCCCACAACGAGUAGCAGUGGGAGCAGUUCGAUGGGUGUUAGUGGACUUGGGAAUGAUUCUCAACCAUCUCGCAGGGAAUUCCUCACCUAUUGCUUGUCCCUUAUGCGGGCACAUAGCUCUGAGCAUCGGGAUUCCCUGCCUGUGUUGGAUAUAACAGCCCUACGCCAUAUAGCCUAUGUCCUCGAUGCCAUUAUCUUCUACAUGCGUUCAGCCACGGAGCAUGAUUUGGAGAGGAAUGAUAGUGGUGGGUGGAAUGAUCAAGAUGAGAAUGACAAUGAGGAGACAGAAGAUGAGUUGUCGUCGUCACUUGGUGUGGAAACGGAUUCAGUUGAUGAUGAUCUCGCACCAUCACUUGGGCGUCGUCAUGGCUUCUUCCAGCGCUCCGAUUCAACACUCUGUCUUGGUUGCCCGGCUCCGGAUCCAUUUAACACCCCAAUGGCUGAAGCUCUUCCGCUGGCAGAUCAGCCACAACUCCUACAGCCCAAUGCAAGACGCGAGGAUAUGUUCUCAAUGCCCAAGCAUCAAAUUACAGUUCCUACAGUGGCCAAUGAGCAGCCGGGUGUUAAUUCACCCCUCGAAGUACCACCAACACGGCUGGGACUCUCAUCUGUGGGCAUCAGCACAAGUCCCGCGUCUCCGGGCUAUGUGGAAUUGAUCUCAGACAUUAUUCCGUCGGAUGAAAUUAUUGCCGAAGAAUCAAUGAGUCAGCAGGAAUUGUCCAAAUCUGGUGAUGCGGAAAAAAUGGACAGCGAUGUGAGUGAGAAUGCGAGUAUCGUACCAAUUGCGGGUCCAUCGAAGGAGACGACGUCACAGGUGCCGGAAGCACCUGCGGAAUUCCCAAGCAAUGUUUACGUGCAUCUGAAGAAGCGAAAGUACUACGAUCACUUUGCCACGGAGGAAGUGAAGCAGCAGACUGAUGAGGAACCACAAGACUUAUCAUGCUCCAAGGAGAGCAUUGCAAAGAUGGACGUUGAUACGGAUAAUGAUGUUGUGAGUGAUUCAGAUUCCGAAUCGGGCACUGUGCAGAAGAUGCCGGAAGAAUCCCAGGAUCAAUCAUCCUCAUCGGCUUCAUCGUCAAUUCGUCCGCAAAUUAUUGUCACACCGCGCAAAGUAGCAGCUGCCAUUGAGUCCGUGACUGCGAGUGUUUUGGCGAAGAAUAAGAAAACAAAUUUAGCUGAAUGUGUCUCUGAAGUUCCUAUCACCCUGCUGCCCACGUCAUUCUCCGUUUUUGACAUUCAAGGCACUUCCUCAGGGGCAGGAGCAUCGGGAAGUGGAGCUGGAACGAGCUCAUGUGGCUCCCCAUCGAAGAGUGUCAUUGUUCGUGCUGGAUCAUCGGCAUGCUCGAAUUCAAAUGAAGUUCUCCAGCAACCAGAUCCAAUGGAGACUCAGGAAAUUUCAGCUCAUGUCACUGUGGAGACAACCCCCUCAGUUCAGCCACAAAUGCACCACGAACUCCCACCGAGGGGUCUCUACUUCCGCUCAAGUGUUGCAAGUCAACCAAUAACAUCGGAUCUCCUCCUGGGACGCUGGAGAUUGUCACUUGAUCUCUUUAGUCGUGUCUUCAUGGAGGACGUUGGACUAGAGCCGGGGAGUAUUGUGUGCGAACUUGGUGGGUUUCCCGUGAAGGAGGCACGCUUCAGGCGAACCAUGGAGAAAUUACGGAAUAGCCAACAGAAGGAUUUGAUUUUGCCGAAGAUGGAACGAAAUAGGGCAAGUCUCCUCAUCCAGACAUUCAAAGAGCUCAACACGCAGUUUGGCAAUCAAACAAGACGUUCACAUCCACCGCUCAUCUUCAAUCGUGUCAAGGUGACGUUCAACAAUGAACCGGGUGAGGGUUCUGGCGUGGCACGUAGCUUCUACACAUCACUCGCCGAAGCGAUACUUGCAAAUGAGAAACUCCCGAAUUUGGAGGCUGCACAAGUCGGUCCAAGUAAGUAUACUGUGCCAUUUGGUUCGAUGUUGAGACAUCGUGGUGUCACAGGAUCUUCUGCACGAGAUGCAGUUCCAACUUCGGCAGCUUCCCAAGCAACUGCGGCACGGCGUGUCUUCUCCAAUAAGUCCCUCUGGCGCCCUGGGCGUGAGACGCGGAAGACGCUGAACUACGAUGCGCGCCCGUAUACACCGCUUUCGGCAAUUGGAGGUGCGGGAUCGUCAUCAGCUGGUGGCUCCUCUGGGGGUAAUGCAGCAGGUGGUUCGGGUUCCAGUGGGUCCACUGCCACAGAUAUUACCGUUCAAAUGGGAGAGCGGCUCUACCCACGCGUGUAUGCCCUUCAUCCCAAUCAUGCGGCCAAAAUCACAGGGAUGCUCCUCGAAUUGCCACCAACUCAGCUACUCAUGCUCGUGUCAUCGGAGGAGACGCUACGGCAGAAGGCCAAUGAGGCAAUGGAUGUAAUCAUCUACAGGCAGCGUCUUGAGCCAGAAACCGGCGGUGGAUCAUCAAGCAGCGCUAAUUUGGGUGAAUCCUCAGCAAGUGGUGGGGGUAGUGGUCAGACUUCUGGGGGUAAUUUUUCACCGUCAAAGAAAAUGAAUCCCAUUGUUGUGCUGGAAGAAUGCCAACUUGAUGACUCGGCACCGCUUUUCUACUCACCCGGAAAACGUGGCUUCUACACACCACGCCAAGGAUGUGCCACAUAUGAAAGGAUAAAUGCAUUUAGGAACAUUGGACGACUUAUUGGACUGUGUUUGUUGCAAAAUGAACUCUGUCCGAUGUUUCUGCAGCGUCAUGUGCUCAAAUAUAUCCUGGGUAGACCGAUAAGAUUCCACGAUCUUGCAUUCUUUGAUCCGGUCAUUUAUGAAUCCCUUCGACAUCUCAUUAAGGAUUCUCAAUCGAAGAAUGGGGUAUCAAUACUAAAUAGUUUGGAAUUGAACUUUGUCAUUGACCUUUGUCCCGAGGAAGGAGGUGGCUCGGUUGAGUUGGUGCCUGGUGGACGGGAUUUGCAGGUGAAUGAAACAAAUGUAUACGACUACGUCCGAAAAUAUGCCGAGUUCCGUAUGUUGAAAGCACAAGAGAAGGCUCUCGAUGCAAUGCGACACGGUGUUUACGAUGUUCUGCCGGAAUAUGCAUUUGAUCGUCUAACAGCUGAAGAUUUGCGUUUACUUCUCAAUGGUGUUGGGGACAUUCAUGUGGGCACACUCAUUUCCUACACGAAUUUUAAUGAUGAAUCAAAUGAGAAUAGUGACAAAUUGCUUAAAUUCAAACGAUGGCUGUGGAGUAUUGUGGAGAAGAUGAGUCCUCUUGAGAAGCAGGAUUUGGUGUACUUCUGGACUGGAUCACCAGCUCUACCCGCAUCCGAGGAGGGUUUCCAACCAAUGCCAUCAGUUAACAUUCGUCCAGCUGAUGACACACAUCUCCCAACGGCAAACACAUGCAUCUCACGCCUCUACAUCCCACUCUACUCCAGCAAGGCUAUCCUUCGGCACAAGCUCCUUUUGGCAAUUAAAACGAAGAAUUUUGGAUUUGUCUAGGCAGCUUCAACGAGAGGAUAAAUUGUGAGUGCAUAAAAACAAGAAGAAUUUUGCAAUUUUUCACUUGAUUGACUCCACGAAUUGGCUGCAAAAAAUUCUCAAAAACAAAUAAAAAGAUGUCGUUGAUUAAAUUUAUAUUAUUCAAAAAAAAACAUAAUAGAAAAUAAUAAUCAUAUUUUUCUAUUUAUUUAAUUUACUAGGAUAUUAUUUGUAUGUGAAAAAGGAAUACGACAAGUUCUCUUUUUUUAUUGUUAUGAGUAUAGCUAUAAAUGAGCAACAAAUGCAUAAAAAAUGCCACAUAAUUUCCUUUUAUUAUAAAAAAAAAGAAAUCUUCUGUUUAAUCUUUUUUUUUUUUGCUUUUUUCUUUCAAGUUUAUUAACUUUUCUUCUUUAUUUUUAAAUAAUAAAUUUUUGUAUUUUCUUUUUGCUGUGAUUCGCUACAUAAAUAUUAUAUUAGAGAAACUAAACUCCUUCCAAAGGAGCUAGAAUGCAUUCACAAAUGCAACAAAUGAAUGAAUUUAAUUUUUGAUUUCCUUCGAAAUUCCUUCGUUCUCAAUUUAAAACAUUUAUUCCAAAAAAUAAUUUCAAAAGUUUCAUAAUAAAAAAGAUUUUUUCCUCCAAAAUUUUCCCAAUUCAAUUACAAUAAAAUAAAAUUAAUAUGUGGCUCAAUGAAAAUUUAGAAAAGUUUUUUGCAACAUAACGAGGAAAUAGUUUACAUAAUAAAGAUGUAAAAAAAUCAUAGUUAAUGACAAAAUCAACAGAGUCAAGUGAAAUUAUUAAGUAAUACAUAUAAAUAGAGAAAUAUCACAGGAACUACAUACAAGAAAUUUAAUUUGAGAAGAAACAGAAAAUAUUAUUAAAAGAAAAAAAAUAAUCUUGCUGACGAUAUAUCAUUCUUAAGUUAAGUAAAAUAUUAUUCACGCAUAAGAUUUGCCGUAAUGGAUUAAUUAAUUAUUAUCUCAAUUAUUCUGAUAUGGAGAGAAUAUAAUAGUUGGCAACAAAA